UAGCAUUUGAAAAGUGUCUGUUUCCCUGGGGAGAUAAGGAGUCACUUGAGCUUUUGAAUACCUGCACCUCCUCCUCCCUUAGUGUAGGUCUCUCAUUGUAUUGAAAAAAUGAGCGACAGCAUUGCCACCAUGAAAAGUGAAGAUGUAUUAUUUGAUCUUUUAGAAAAACAUGGUGCUCGACCCUCUUUAUCAGGUAUGGAUUGGGCACGACAGAACUGGUAUAACUUGCAGAGUGUUUCGGACCGUAUUAGUGUUCUGCAAAACAAUGCUCGUACCCGAGCUGGAAAAGGAAAGUCGUUUAUUUGUGCCGUACUCGGGGCUACUUUAAAAGCAGCCGUGGAGUUCCGAGAUGAAAAGCAUUCGGCAGAACUCCAAACCAUACAAGCACUGCAGGAAUCGGUUAGAGUUACACAAGAAUUGGUAAAAACUCUGCAGAAUCAAAUAGGGAACCUUGAGGAACAAUUAGAAAGAGAGAAAUGUAAUUCGGCUUUGUUGCAAAUGGCUUUUAAGGAACUGCUAACGUGUAAGCAUGCCAGCCAUACCGUCACCCAUAGUUUGCCUCGAGAAAAAACUUUUCCUCAAGUGGAACUACCAGGAAUGAAGGAAAGGCUAGAUAAAUUAGAAACUCCAAUAGCCCCAUUGCGUCCUUUGAUAAAAACUGAAUACACAUUCGAUAACAGUGAGGAUCUAGAUCCUCAAAUGAAUGUUAAAGAAAUUCCCUUCUCAGCCACUGAACUAGCAAAAAUAAAAAAGGAUUUUAGCCGCUCUCCAAAGGAAUCAGAGACAGAAUAUGUAUGGAGGGUUAGCCUCACUGGUGGAGACCAGAUUCUGUUAACAGAAAAGGAAGCAGAAGGUUAUUGGGGACCAGGAGUAUUUUUAACUACUGGCAACAGUCGUGCUCCCUGGUCAUUAACACAAAGGGCUGCCUAUUGGGCAGGUGGUCUCAACCCUUUAGAACGGGGAGACCCUCUUGCCAUUACUGGAACAACUGAUCAGUUAGUAGAGAGUGUUCAAAAGGCUGCUUGUCUCCAAAUGAUGUAUGAUAGAAAGCUGCAGCCACACCAUGAAUCACCUAUGAUGAUGCCUGUUGAUCCUGAGAGAAUGACUGCUUUAAUUAAGGGGCUUCCAGAGUCGUUAAAACCUAUAGGUAUACAACUGCAAGGAAAAAUACAGGCAAUGCCUCAGGGAGAGAGAACCCAGCCAGUGUUAAAAGGAACUAUAACCCCCAACCAUCUGCAGUCAGGAAACAAAGUGUGGACGUGGGGAGAAGUUGCCCAAGAGUUAAUUAACUAUGGAAGGAAAUAUGGGCCAGUGGUUUCUUCCUCCACUAAAUUUGAGCCAAGUGAAGUAAGACUUGCAGCAGUCAGCCUUGCCCCCAGGCCUCCUAGCCCAAAGCUCAGUGGGACUGGAAGGGUCUCACUGUCAGUAAAAAUAGGUAGGCGAAAUAUUGAUCAUAAACGUAAUUGUCUCUGGACACUGGGCUGGCAAAAGGGUGUUCCACGAGAUUUGAUGAAUGGAUUACCCACUGUCAGGUUGGAGAAAUUAGUUAACUGGUGGCCAGAACAAAAGCUCCAGAAUCUCGAGGAAAGCAAAACCCCAGGUCCUAGGGUCUCUCCCAGGGAACCUGAACGGCUAUCCAAGCCAUUAGAAAACUGACGUCUUCGCCCCUCCCAAGUGAGCGGGGUGGGGGCGGUGAAGGGUGGAUGCAUGAGAAAGCUCACAACAAAGGGAAACAAGAUCGUCGAUUUAAACCUUUUGCUAAAAGUCUCACCACUCUUGCCAGUUAUCCCUGUGAGUCACGAUCCAGUGGCUGAUAAGCCAGGGAAACACUGUUACCUCCCUGGCCAGACUGUGUCGAUUGACUCAGCUAACCUGAGGCCAGUUCCCCUAACCUUAACAAGAUCCCUUAACAAAUAUCUUUGGAAGGCUAAAGACACCCCGAAAAAGGAAUAUGAAAUCAACACUUGCUGGAUUGUUCCCUCAUUUUUUAACCAUAUUAACAAGGCCCAAAAAGGGCAAGUCGGUGUCUUGUUUUAUUUCACAGAAGAUCCCCGUGGGACCUUGACAGAACACAAAAAGGCUAAUAGCUGAUUUUAACUAUUUGUGUUUUGUGACAGAAAUACUGAAGAUUUGAUCAUGCUAGAACACUGAAUGUACCUCUUGAUUACAUUUUUUGGUUGCAAUAGUGUUAUGUUUUGUGUUAUGGGUGUGGGUGGUGAUUGGUAUCAGUCCUUGGAUCUGUUAAACUUCACAACUGAGUUCAGGGUUUUU